AUGGUUGUGGUGAUAUUGACCUGGCAGUGGCUGUAUGAUCUCUGCCGCCAGAGCUGCACGAUAACGGCGGUGGAGACGGCAAUGCCACGGCGAGCGGUGACCCGAGCACGGCCCAGGAACCAGGCAACCAGGCCUCAACUGAUCUUCGUGCUUGCCAGUUUCCCCGACCUUUUCAGCCCGCCGAGCUCGUCGUCUCCAAGACUCCAACACAGCCUAGCAUCCUCCACCUGCCGUCGAGCCGACCGUCGCGCCUCUCGCUUCAUCACCCAUCGGGCAUCUUUGUCGUUGAUUCCCCCACCAUCCGACCCCGUCGUGCUCCGCUUUAUUCGCCCAUAUCCAGAUCAAUCCGCCCACUGA